AGUUGUCAUCGGUCCGUCCGUUUGCUGCUGGCAUCUUAGCAGCAUCAGCAUCACCCAUCUAACGAGUCGUCGCAGUAUCACCAUCCAUAAUUCCUGCUAGCACCUAGCAUCGGCGCCACCAUUCACGAGACCGCUCCAUCACGACUCCUCGCCGCGUCCUAUACAAAUACUAUAAGCUCUUGUGAAGGUCUUGUCACAAAUAGUGUUUGUAUUCCCCGUACGCGUGAGUGUCUCAGCAGUAGAACAUUCGGUACCCUGUUGAACACUUUGUUCAAACGCCCGGUUGGCAGGGAAGGAAAAUUCCCACAUCCAUUCAUAGGCUGGCGAUCCGUUCCCUGAAUACGUUCUCUGAUUCAAAAAGUAUUAUCCCAAGUCCCGAUUACCAACGCGCCUGUAGUGUCGCCAUGUCGGCCCUUUAUGUCAUAAAGGUUAACUGCGGAGGGAUACUCCACCGCAUCUCCUCUCGCUGCGCCCCGCCGUCCUUCCGCCACGUCAGCCUUCGGAUUCGCGCGCUCCUCGAUGUACCCGCCACAAAGCCGCUCUCGCUGACGUACACCGACGCGGACGGUGACGUCAUCGCCGUUCGCACGGACGAUGACCUUUACGACGCGUUUAUCUUCCAGGAGUUGAAUCCGCUUCGCGUUGACGUUAAUGCUAACGUUGACGUUGACGUGAAUGUUGGCGUUAAAGUGUGUGGUGACGGUGGCGUCACCUUGACGACUACUGAACUGACGGAGUCCGUCAAGACGGACCUGAAGUGCCUCCCACCCGUCAGCACGUCUGUUGCCGUCAGCACUGACGACGACCUGCCCCUCCCUCCCUCAUAUUCUGGAAAGAAGACGACUAUUGAGGCGACUCAGAAGUCUGUUGCCGUCAGCACUGACGACCUGCCUUUCCCUCCCCCCUGUCCCGAAGAAGAGGCUAGCGAUCCACCCUCUCUUCUGGAUAGUAGUACCAGUGCCGUUACUCGUGAUCCGGGAAACGAGGUUAUCGCUGAUACUACGAAAAAGACAGUUGCAGCUGAUAAGACAGUUGCAGCUGAUAAGACAGGCGCAGCCAGUGAUGGAAAAGCAUACACCACUGAUGCUACCGUUACUGCUGCUUCAGUGAAAGCAGUUACCACUGAUACCGUUACUGCUGCUUCAGUGAAAGCAGUUACCACUGAUACCGUUACUGCUGCUUCAGUGAAAGCAGUUACCACUGAUGCCACCGGUACUGCUGCUUCUAGCCUUCCAGCAGGUGCUAGCAAUCCAACUGUGCCUGCCGUUGCACUUGGUGCUGCUGCUACCGCUCCUUCUGCUGCUGCCGUUCCAUCUGCUCUUGCCACUUCAUCUGCUGUUACAGUUUCAUCUGCUGCUACCGUUUCAUCUGGUACUGCCAUUCCAUCUGCCUCUGUUACAUCCACCCCUCCCACUCCAUCUGCUGCUGCAGCUCCUACUUCUGGAUUUGGUGGUUUCGCUGUGGCAUCUGCUUCUGCCUUGGGCACUUCUGCUUUUGGUGCUAUUGCAGCUAAGCCUGCCAAUUCCGGCUCUGGUGGUUUUGCUUCUAAACUUGCCAAUUCCGGUACCGGUGGUUUUGGAGCCUUUGCUGCUAAACCUGCUUUGGGUGUUUCUGCUCCUGGACUUGGCACUAAUGGCUUUGGUGCCUCUACUCCAUCUGCUACUUCAGCUUUUGGCGUUUCCACUCUCUCUCCCUCUCUUACCACUUCCUCUUCAAAACUCAGCGCGUCCACUCCUGCUUUUACAACUGCUUACUCAGGUUUCGCUGCCUUUGCUGCUGCUUGUGCUCCAGACGCUUCCCCUCUUUCUGGUUGCGGUGCUGCUCGUGCCACUUGUAUAUCUGGUUCUGGUAACAUGGCAGAGGCUGGUAGUACCUUUUCGGCAGGCAGUGGUACAGCAGCAGCAGCAAGCCUCCAGAAGCCUCUAACAGCUGCCGGCUCCUCCCCCCACUAUUUGGGCUCGUCCACUCCUGCUAGCGGUGCUUUUACUUCUCCGUUUGGCAGCACGGCAGCAUCUGGUAAAUCCUACUCCCUGGAUGGUGGUAUGGCAGAAGCAGCAGCAAGCCUCCCGAAGCACAUACUGGCUGCCGGUUCAUCGACCCGCUCUUUGGGCUCGUCCGAUCCUGCCAGCGGCGUUUCUUCUUCUCCUUUUCGCGCUGGUAAUACGGCAGCACCUGGUACUUUCGUUCUGGCUGGUGGUGGUAUGGCAACAGCAGCAUCAAGUGUCUCCAAACCUGGAGUGGCUGCUUUUUCUUCUGCUCCUUUCGCUCAGAGCGCUCCUGUGUCUGCCACUUCCGGCUUUUCUCUUGCCUGUACAGCACCAGCAACAAGUCUGCCCGAGCCUCGAACAGCCCCCCUUUCUUCUUUCCCCUCUCGCAGCUCUCCUGGUUUUUCUCUUGGUGCAGCCCGGCCUGCAAGGUAGUGUGCCGUUGACUCUGAGCGGGCUUCUGCAAGUGAAAUUCCCUGGCUCCGUAUACAUGUCAGCAGUGUGGUUUUGAGUAUCCGCCCGUGUACAGUCUGCUUCUCAAAUUAACCCACAGUAGCCCCCGCUUGGAAGGUUGUGUGCUGCUGACUAUGGACUUGGUACAUGGAGUGAGAGGAUGGGUGCACAAUGUGCAUAAAAAAAUGUCAAUAUGUCUA